CAGUGCAACACAUGUUUCAGUUAGAGUUAGGGAAUAUGUGUGGUCAGCCCAUUCUCCCCUCAUCCAGCUCAAAACACACGAUAACGUCCAGCAACUGACUCCACUUGAAAAUACAGCUAUGCAGAUUGCUUUCUCUUGUAUUUUUCCAGCUUUGGAUAAGGAAAACUCAGAUUCUCCAAAGAAAUGGGAGACUGGUCCAUUCUUGGCCGCUUCCUAACGGAAGUUCAAAACCAUUCCACGGUCAUUGGCAAGAUAUGGCUGACAAUGCUGCUCAUCUUCCGCAUCUUGCUCGUGGCCCUGGUGGGGGAUGCUGUCUACAGCGAUGAGCAGUCCAAGUUUACCUGCAACACCCUACAGCCCGGAUGCAACAAUGUCUGCUAUGACACGUUUGCUCCUGUCUCACACUUGCGCUUUUGGGUCUUUCAGAUUGUUCUAGUGUCCACACCUUCUAUCUUCUACAUUGUGUACGUCUUGCAAAAAAUCACCAAGAAUGAAAAGGUAGAGGAGAAGAAGGUUGAAGUGGUACCCAAGUCCUCUCCUUUACUUGAGAGAGACAAACACAUGGGAGGAGAUAGAGAGACAACAAUGGAAGCCGGCGGUCCUUACAACACAACCUAUGACAAUGAGGGGUGGAGCCCGCAGACAGGUGAGUGUGAGGAGAAGAGCCAACAGGAGGAUGAUGUUAAGGAGGUAGGAAAGGACCCAACCCAGCUCUCCAGCCAAGUACUACUCAUCUACAUCAUCCAUGUUUUGCUGCGCUCCAUCAUGGAGAUAAUCUUCCUCAUUGGACAGUAUUACCUAUUCGGAUUUGAAGUUCCACACCUGUUCCGCUGUGAGACCUACCCCUGUCCAAACAGGACGGACUGCUUUGUGUCCCGAGCUACAGAGAAGACCAUCUUCCUCAACUUCAUGUUCAGUGUCAGUCUAGGUUGCUUCAUCUUGAACAUUGUGGAGCUGCAUUAUCUAGGCUGGAUUUACAUUUUCAGAGUGUUGUUCUCCGCAUGCUGUACAUGCUGCGUGUCAGAUAGAAAACCUGGGCAACAGGUGGAUUUGUACUCCGACAACAACCCGCUCUUGCUUGAGAUCAAACAAUCUCUAUGUGGCAGGGUCGUCUUGCAGACCACCUCUUCCGUGUCCCGGGACAAGAGCAGUGGUGUCCCAAACAAGGGCCCGGCCAUCUCUUUUGAGACAGACUCCACACUGGAGUGCACUUCAAAGAGAAAUUUAGAUGAAAAGGAACGCAGCAAGAAUAGACUGCUCAACAUAGCCAAAAUAGGAAGAGGGAAAAAGUCUUGGCUGUAAAUAUACAUAUAUAUAUAUAUUAAAAUGACUUCUUGUACAUCUCUGAACUGUUUGAAAUGCAUCUUUUCAGGAUGGAGUAGUUUAAGAAAGUUAUGAAGUUAAGUGUUUGGAGGGAUAAACUGUGACAGAUUCUGUGUAUUUGUUUCUAGACAAAGAAAUUCUCAGUACUUAACAUUAAUAAUCUGGAGUUGUGGAAUGAUUUGGAGAUUUUACAAAUUAUUUACCAUUCUGGGUGUAUUACUGUAGAGGGGAGCACUGAUAUAAAUGCCGUGCAACAUUUUAUGACAAUGUUUCUGUACAUAUAUAGUAAAUACAUAUGCAAUGUAUUGCAGUGAUGCAUUCUUACCUCCAUUUACU